AGAGUAUCAUCUUAGCACAUUAUGAGGGAAAGCCCCAGCCUCAUUGUGACCCAGUCACUCUCAGGACCUUCUGGAUCAGGCUGGCAGGCCAGUGGGCAUUAGGGGUAGUGGGCUGGGGGCCUAAGGGCCCUGGUGGCCCUAGGGACCGCCAUGGCCAUGGCUGAGCAGCCACGGCCCGGGUGGGCCUCAUAUCAAAACCCUAACACCAACAACUGCCAGGACAUGGGAAACUCCAUUCUGCUGCUCUUGGGUCUCAUCAUCUGUAUUAACAUUGGCAUCAAUUUGGUGACCCUGCUCUGGAGCCGAAUCCGUAUCCUCUUACACCGAAUGUUCCAUAUCAUUUGUGAAAAAGCCCCACCUCCCAUCUCUCUAGAAGCCAGCCUUUCCAACAGCCUCACCUCUCCCUCAUCUACAGAAGCCAGUACAUCAUCAUUUGGGAAGCUGCCCAAGCCCUUGAGGAAGCAGACCUACCCCGAAGUCCAUCUUCGAUGUACCAUGGACCCUGUGAAGAUGACCGUGACCCCCCCGCCCACUCGUCGUCGUCACCGCCAUCGAUCGCCUCCAUCUCGCCGUGCCUGCCGCCCCAUAGCUUGGGCCCCUGAUUCUGAUGAUGAGAAACCUCCACAGCAGCAUCCAGCAAUCUGUUCUCACCACUGGGACAGUCCUAAGAAUUGGGAAGGCUUCCGAUCUAUGCAGGAGAUGUGGGAACCUUGUGCUCAGGAUGGUCGAGAGCAACCUCCUCAGACCAUCCGCUUCCAGCCAACAGUAGAGGCCAGGCCUCACAAAACGGAAAUCCGGUCAGAGCAGGGCUUAGAGGCCUAUGUGUAUACUGUGAAUCCCCCGCCUCCCAGUCCAGAGGCUUUGCGCCAUAAAAACAAUGCGGCGGGGUCAGGGGGAGGUGCUGAGGGUGAGCAAGCACAGGGCCAGCCUGUCUCACCAUCCUUUCUGGGACCAGCAAAUGUCCCUGAAAUACCCCGGCGCCGUUCAUCAGGCCGAAUAGUCUAUGAUGCCCGAGAUGUGAGGAGAAGGUUACGAGAACUGACCCGGGAAGUUGAGGCUUUGUCCCACUGUUAUCCCUUGGUCUCUGGAUCCAGCACAGCUGAGGGGGCAGGCAAAGAUUGGGUGUAUCGUCCCCUGAAGGGAAGGUGACUGGGGACAAAAAAAUAAAAAAAAAUAAAAUAAAAAAAAGAAAGAGGAA